GCCGAUCAUGGUCGAGGAGAAGGGUCAGCUGAACGCGAAAGGACGAGCCUACGUCAGGGCCAAGGCGGGCCGGCUUCCUGGAUUUGAAGGUCGUCGCGGGCUAUAGGACAUAUCGAACGCGUCCACAGCUUCGGAAGGUGCCCAGGAGAGCUUCGUGAAAUGAUAUCUCCCGCCAGUUUCUCCGCCCAUCGGUCCUUCGUCUCGUGGGGACGCGUCCAGCUGACCGGCAUUCAUCUGGAUGCAGUCUGAAUUCGUGCCUGGGUAAGGCGGGAAAGAGAUGGUAUAUGGCGUUCAGAUAUGGAGAAUACGGCUAUAGACUGAUAUUUUGAAGACACGACGGAUGGCGCAUUUUGAGCACGGCGGUCAGAGAGAAGGAAGAAACAUCACGUGGGAAAUACAAUGCCUUCCUUACUGGGACGGCGACGUGGGCAGAGGCACGAUGUGUGCACAUCGUUGUCGUAAACCACGAUGUCGCGACAGGACAAGGCGACGACGGAGCGCCAUGCGCGGAUGUUGCGGGAGCUCGUGAAGCGCCCGGAGAAUAAAGUCUGCGCGGAUUGUAAACGAAAUGAUCCUCGUUGGGCGUCGUGGAACGUGGGCGUCUUUCUCUGCAUCCGCUGCUCGGGAAUCCACCGUGCGAUGGGGACUCAUAUCAGCAAAGUGAAGUCGGUCGACCUCGACAUAUGGACGCCGGAGCAGAUGGCUUCAAUCCAGAAGUGGGGAAAUCGGAGAGCGAAUGCAUACUGGGAAGCCCAUCUCAAGCAGGGGCACGUUCCGCCUGAGCACAAAAUGGAAUCCUUCAUCCGCUCAAAGUACGAGUCUCGUCGUUGGGCGAUGGAUGGCCCGCCGCCUGCCGAUCCCUCUGUCUUUGACGGCGACGCCCCAGCGCAAUCCUCAUCUCCUGCGCCCGUACCCGCCGCUUCCCCUCCGCCCGCUGCCUCCGCGGCCACUCCUCGCAUUCCCGCUGCUGGCGCACCUCGUGCAUCCGUCACGCGUCAACCCCAAGCCCACCAAUUGCUAUCCGCCGCCCACACCAAUACGCCUAGAGCCAGAGCGACACCACCGCCAGCUACUGCUGCUGCCGCACCCGCAGCGGCCCCUGCGGCCCCGAAGCCUGCUGACGACCUCUUCUCCCUCGACUUCCACAACCCGAGCCCUGCGCAGAGCCCACCACCUGACGCAGCGCAGGCGCAGGCGCCGAAGAAGGAUGUUAAGCAGGACAUCCUGUCGCUCUUCUCUGCCGCUCCUGCACAACCAGUCCCUGUUCAGCCCCUCUACAACCAAUUCGCGGCGCCGGGUGCUAGCGCUGCACCAGUGGCGGCAAACCCCUGGGGCGCUCCUGCUCCACAGGUUGCACCGAGCGCUGGAAUGCAACAAGGCGGGGCAGGGAUAUGGGGCGCAGCGCCGAGUGGCGGGAUGGGUGCGCCGUGGGGUGCUCCGGCAGCUCCUGCUCAGCCGGCGUGGGGCGCGGCGCCGGCGGCUCAGCCUAACGUCUGGGGAGCACCUUCGCCGGUACAGCAGCAGCCCGCUCCUGGGCUACUGGACAACAGCGCGUCUGUUUGGGGAAGUGCCGCGCCUGCUGCUCCAGCGGCCGCUGACCCCUUCGGCGCAUUUGGUGGCUCGACGGCGUCUUCUGCGCAGCCCAAGAAGGACGAUGCGUUCGGUGAUCUAUGGGGUAGCUUCAAGUAGAUGGGAUUGUAUUCCCUAUCCUUCUGUGCACACACAACUAUCUGUUGUACACCUUGAUCUGUGUCGUUCAUGUCAGCCAUUGCCGGCAUUCCCAUAUGUCUAUCGCCGUCUCCUUCGAGGUUGGAAGUAGAGUAUCACUAUCAUCCAGGUAAUGACCGACUGAACCGUUUACGAAGGGAUGAAUAUGGGCCAACUCAGUGAAAUAUGAUCCUCGCGCGAAUCCAAUAGCCAGUGGUCGAUCCUCCCACAACUCUUCCCCCCAUUUUUACUGAUGACCGAGUCAUUGGUGUUAUGCGUAUGGUCGAGACGCGACGCGAUGUGUAUCCGUUAGUGUGAUUCUCGACCUUGACCGUCAUGCAUCUAUGUUCAUGUCCAGGAAAUUC